UGCUCAGUCAGAGUGACAGAAAAUGGCUGACAGUAAGCUGCGCUGUGUCGCUGUGAUGUUGUGCUCGUAGUCCAACGUAUCCACACGUUCUACGCGCGUCACCGUGCUGCACUAAGACGCAGACAUGUUCAAAAAGGCGAAACGAGCCAACUUUCGUCGGCGAAAUGACUCGGAGGAGGACGAGCCGGAGGAGGGAGUGCAGCCGAUCCUGGCGCCCACAUUGUUCGGGCCUAUUGCGGCGCAGCUUCCCUUCCUGGAGACCUCCGGCAGCUGCUCCGGCCUCGCUGACUUCCACUCGAGCAACGGCUUCCUGGCGAGCUUCAACACGGUGAAGGCCACGAAGAAGGAGAAGAAAGCCAAAGAGGCAGCUCCGGUCCAGGCCCCGACUAAAGCUAGCUUGCUUAGUUUUGACGACGAAGAAGAUGAGUCGGAGGUGUUUCGUGUCAAGAAGUCCACACACAGCAAGAAGAUUGUCAAGCAGCUAAAGAGAGAGUACAAGGAGGAUUUGGAGAAGACGUGUGUGGUGAAACAAGAGCCCAGAUCAGAGGGCGCCCCAGUGGCCGCCAUCAAGGAGGAGGUCACCAACACCGUUGCAAAUGACCCAGUGGUGGAAGAAAUGGAAGUGGAUAUCGCUGAGGAGCAGGAAGAUGUCAAACCUCCCAGUGGUCAUGCAGCAAACCAACUUUCCAGGAGCAAAAAUACGGCAGCCACUUUCAACACAUACUCCUCCCUCAACACACUGAGACCUGGUGAAAUCCCGGAUGCUGCCUUCAUCCAUGCAGCCAGAAAGAGGCGGCAGCUGGCGCGCGAGCUGGGUGGUGACGCGCCGCUCGUGGAAACUGAAGAGCCCAAGAAAAGAAUGGGUCAAGAAGACCAAGACUGCAGUGAAGACGAGGAUGAUGAGAAGCGAAUCCGUUUCAGCGGAGUUAAGAACAAGAGCCAGCGGCAGAAGAUCGCUGAGGAGAUAGGAAUUGAAGGAAGUGAUGAUGAAGCGCUGGAUGCCGGUCAGGAUGAAGAAGUGAGCCGUUGGGAGCAGGAGCAGAUUCGGAAAGGGAUCAGUAUCCCCCAGGUCCAAAGCAGCCAGGUGGACGAAAGCGCGGCCUACUAUCAGAGCACCUACGAGACUCAUCCAUACGGCUCCUCCUACAGCAUGCCCUUCACCUACGCUUCUCUAGCUGCCAAGGCGCCCGGACAGGCCGGCAAUGGAUCUGUUCCGUUUGCUGCCGCUGUUGGUGAAUUAGCCCCGGUCUCCAUUGAUCUGGUAAAGAAACGCCUGCAGGAUAGGCUGGGCCAAAUGUGUGCAGGCCACGAAAUGAAUAUCAAGCACUUGAAACAGAUCCAAGAAGACCUGGCUGCUUCUGAGAGCGCCAUCCAGCAGCUGGAGGGCUCGUCCAAUGACAAUGCAGAUCAAUAUAAAUUCUUGCAAGAGAUGCGAGGGUAUGUUGGAGACUUGCUUGAGUGUUUCAGUGAAAAGGUGCCUGCUAUCCUGGAGCUGGAGGCUGCCGUGCACCAGUUACUAAGGCAACGGGCCGCUCGACUCGUCCAGAGACGGCAGGAUGAUAUUAAAGAUGAAUCGUCGGAGUUUGCAAGCCUUUCAAGUAAGGCUGUCAUGGCUCCGAGCUUAGACUCCUUUGGUCGCGAUCGGACGGCCUACCAGGAGAACUGCCGCCAGAGGAGGAUCGCAGAGAGAGAGGCGCGACGGACGCGGCGCCGCCAGGCCCGAGAGCAGAACGGCAAGCGGGCCGAGCACAAGGAGGGACUGUCCUCUGAUGACGAGGAGACCUCCACGGACGUCACCAGUUUCAACAUGGAGAGAGAGCGCCUCCUGAAGGAAUGUAAGAAAGUGUUUGAGGACGUGCUGGAGGACUUUCACUCGCUGGACUGUAUCAAGGCCCGGUUUGAAGAGUGGAGGAGACACUACUCCGAGUGCUACAGAGACGCUUACAUCGGCCUGUGUCUCCCCAAACUGCUGAACCCUCUGGUGCGCCUUCAGCUGAUCACAUGGAACCCUCUGGAGACUCCGUGUGAACACUUUGAGUACAUGCUUUGGUUCGAGUCCCUCUUGUUCUACGGCUUUGAGGAGAACCGUGCGCUGCAGUGCGGCGACACGGAUAACGGCCUCCUCCCCGCCAUUGUGGAGACGGUGAUACUGCCCAAGCUGACAGUGUUGGCGGAGCAGGCCUGGGACCCGCUGUCCAGCAGUCAGACUUCCAGACUGGUGGCCUUCAUUCACAAACUGGUCAAAGGUUACCCCACCGUGGUCCACGGAGACAACCAGUACACCCAGGAGCUUCUGAAGAUGAUCGUGCUGCGGGUGCGGCGGACAUUAGACCAAGACGUUUUCCUGCCCCUGUUUCCUAAGAACACCUUGGAGAACAGGAACAGUGGCCCCUAUCUCUUCUACCAGAGGCAGUUCUGGACCUGCGUGAAGCUUCUAGGCAACAUCCUGCAGUGGGACGGGAUCCUGUCUCCGCCCUGCCUGAAGGACCUGGCGCUGGACAGCACCCUCAACAGACACAUCCUCUCUGCGCUGCAGACCAGCGACACGUCGGAGGACAACGCUGACAAGUGCAAGAAGGUGGUGGAGAGUUUGCCGGCGCACUGGCUGUCUGCGCACAAGGGGCCCAAGACCCUGCCUCAGUUGGAGCCCUUCUGCCGCUACAUGGCCCACCUGGCCAACACCUUCCACCGCGGCUCUGUGGGCGCGUCUGACGUGGAGCGCCGCGCGGCCAGGGAGCACAUUAAGGAGCUGGUGCAGAUGCUGGCCCACAUGAAGGCCCUGGACCACAUCAUGGUGGUGGCACAGGAGCAAGGCAUCAAGGACAUCAAGACUCUGCUGGACGCAAAGUCGUAGACAGGAGGAGUGUGAAUAUUGUACAUGUUGUACAGAGGUGUUCUGCGUGUCCUGUUGACCCCCUCGCGCGCCUCCACCGGACAUGUUGCCCGAGGUGUGCGUACCCCACACCCCACCCCCUCCGUUUUACUUGCUUGUGAAUAAAAUGAAAUGCAAUUA